CGUCUAAUUCGCAUUCUUGUCACUGUCGUGGUUGCAGCCACAAAACCCGCAAUGGCAGAUUCGGACUCUUUUAUUUCCCUUUUGCUGGAAGGCAGACAGUCGAUUCAGCUCGACCAGAGGGGCGUCGAUGGCGCCCACCCAACUUUCAAAGUCAAGAUGGAGGAUACCUCCAGCCCCAUCACGCUGGUCAUUCCCGGUUAUGAGACAUCCACACGAAGCUUUAACCUCCGGCACGCUCUGCAAUGUGGUAUCUUGGAUCUUAUCGAGGCCGAGUCGCGCACCAGAAUCGCAGUUCCUCGAAAUGAAGUCGAAGCGGGAGAACUUUUUAUCGAAGCAGACGUCCGCUGGACAAAGUUUACCCUGAAACUCGACCCCCAAAACGAGUUCUGGAAUGAGUUACUCGCCCCUGGACAUAAGUACGAGAUACGCUGGGCACAUGGCGAAAACGCGCCGUGGGCAUAUCGAGGGCAAAUCCAUCAGGAUGCGGCCGAGCGAUUGCCCGUACGACUUGGCGAGCACCCCAUCACGUAUGAAGUCCUCGAUAGUGCAGCAAAACCGCUCCGGUUCCACGCAUCUGUCGCUCCAACAGACAAGGUGUGCCAUUUAACCGGCGAACCCCGUUUCGGAUUCAACAUCAAAGUCACAUCUCAUAACGAUGACAUCCUCACUGUAAACUUGAAUAAUACGCCUCUUAGACUACUCCAAACCCUAGAGGAUAUAGUCCAUGUAGAGGACGAAGACGGCCAAGAAUUUGAGUGGAGCUUUAGUAUCGGAUGCUGGGAGUCAGAGGGGCCCGAGCCGUUUCCUUCUGACGGAAUGUUCGAGGAGUUCAAGCCCGGCGUGCCGUAUGAAGAGACAUAUUGGCUAACUAACGAUAGCGGGGAUCUUGGAAGCUUGGAGUCAGGAAAGACGUACAGGGGUGAGCUGAGCACGAGCUUGAUGAGGUCAUUCACUGAGAAUAUGAAAGGGACGAAAAAAGAGCUCUUAGCAGGAAGCGAGCAAGAGAAGAAAAAGCGGUGGGCCAGAUGUACUAAAACAGUCCUUCUCGAGGUGUCGGACCCAUUCACCUUUAAGGCGGUGUAGGCUUACAUAUCCCAUAGUACUGUGAAUCUAGAAUGUUACCUAUAGAGUUCAAUAGAGUGUGUGCAAUAGUAGGGUCGGAGGUUCACGCUCCGCAAUGGUUGCAGCGGAUUCGCGGUCAUUCACCCCGAUACCAGUGUUUCUCC